UAUCCGUUAAACCAAAAAAAUAAAUUCAAAAUGCGCACGAAACCAAUGUUAACUUUUUCGAAGUUGGACGAGGAGACAGGCAGUUCUUUGGACAGAAUGUUCGAGAAGAAAGAUUGUAUGGUCGAGAUCAAUCCGGGGAGGGUGAUACUUCCAGCUGACUAUAUGACCAUCGGCCAAGAUAUACUUGACAUGGAGGUGAAGGAAAGUGAUGUUUGGAUGUGCUCUUAUCCCAGGACGGGAUCGACAUGGUGCCAAGAGAUGGUGUGGCUUAUCGGCCACGAUUUGGACUACGAAGGAGCAAAGUCUUUACAACAGAUCCGCUGCCCGUUGGUAGAGCUGUCGUGUAUCAUGGUGGACGGGCACGCGGAGUGGCACGACGAGUCGGUGAAGGGCACCUCCGUGGACCUGGUGAAGUACCGGCUGCCGCACCCGCGGUACAUCCGGAGCCACCUGCCCUGGGACUUGCUGCCCGUCGACAUACAGAACGAUGAUAACACUGCUAAACCUAAGAUAAUUUACACCUCUCGCAACCCAAAAGACAUGGUGGUGUCAUACUACCACUAUUGCACCCUCGUGCACGGCCUCAAGGGCACCUUUGAAGAGUUCUGUGACCUGUUCAUGAGAGACCGCGCCCCCUUCGGUCCCGUGUGGAAUCACAUACUCGGUUUUUGGAACAGACGUCACGACCCAAACGUCUUGUUUAUAAAAUUUGAAGAGAUGAAGCACGAUCUUCCGAUGGUGGUGAGACGAACAGCGGAAUUUCUCAACAAGCAACUGACAGACGAAGAUGUGGACAAGCUUUGCGACCAUCUGUCGUUCCAAAACAUGAAAAUCAACCGCGCGGUCAACUUAGAGGCGAUCCUUGAGAAGUCCUUCGGCAAAAGUUAUUUGGAGCAGACCAACUUGAGAUUCAUAAGGAAAGGGGAGAUCGGUGACUGGAAGAAUUACAUGUCCGAUGACCUUUCCAGAAGGUUCGAUGAAUGGGCCGAACAACACCUCAAAGGCACUGAGUUAAGUUUUGAAUAGUUCUAUGGUAAGGGUGAUGUUAUUGCAAUGUUAUUGUAUUUUUUAAAAUAAAGUAUUAUUUUUGUAAUU